UCUAGCACACUAAUAAGUCUUUGAAUAUGUAUCCAAAUUGGCUCGUUCUGCUCCACUUGUCGCUGGUUUGUUUGGGAGGUGCUUCGCAAAUGUUUGCACAGCCGCUGACAAAGAAGCAACACAACACCGGUAUUUUGAGCAUCGAACGCGCGGCUGGACAGAAGAUUGAGGAAGCCGCGCUGCAGCAGCAUUUGCAAAAAAUCACAGGCAGCGAAGCGUUGGCGCCAUUGUUGCACGAGUUACUAGGCCAAACUGUGCCAAAUUGGCAGCAGCAUCACCGCCAGCAACAACAGCAGCAACACCAACCAAAACAACAGCAACACCAACCAAAACAGCAACAACCGGCCACAAAUCAACCGAGGCAACCGCAGGGACAAGACUUUUUUGUUUAUGAAAACGUCGUGGGUCAACAACCCCAAAUAUUGGCCGGGUUCAAUGGCGUCAAUGUGCAACCUGAACAACCAGCCAACCAGCAGCAGCAACUGCGCCUCCAACUGCCAAAGCCAAUUCAUACCGAACAACAACAACAAUAUCCAGCAGCCAAACCAGGGCCAAAAAUCGUUAAGGCGCCGCCAGCCGCAUCAGCAGAAGCCGUUUGGGCGCCAGAUCUCAAGGGCCACCCGCCCCCAUCCCCGGCAACUGCAGCGCCAGCAAGUUGCCAACUUUGCUGCAAUCCAUCGGAAGUUGCCGCAACCAGUGCCACACCCACACCCACUGCCACGCCUUGUCCGCCCACUUUGGGUGGUCACGAGACGAUCCCACUGCUCAGUGCCAUGGUGCUCAAGGCGACAGCUGGUUAAGUUUUUAAUUAAAUCGCUGGCAUAAUUAAUAAA